AUGUCGCGAAAAGACGCGUGGCCGACGGAGCAGAUCGACGCUCUCUUUGCUGUGUUCGACAGCGUGGGUCCCAAGGAGCUGAACGAGAAGAUGCGACCUGGGGCUCGGUUCGGAGACUUCAUGGAACAGGCUUGUAUGGGUGUGUUUGGCCAGGUGGAGCCCAGAUUGAUGACACGUGUGCGGAGCCGGGUAGCCCGAAUCAAGCGUGAUUUCCUAGAUUAUCUGAUUCUGCUUCGAGAAAAAGAACGAGAUCCUUCGGUGGCCGACGAGGAGUACUCCAAAAAGCUGGCUCUUCUGUACCAGCGCCUACCAAAGAGUCUUAUUGGUCUGCAAGUGACGUUUGACCUAAAGGAGGAUGCUGUGGACAGCGAGGAGGAUGUGUUGAAACCGACAAGGAGCUCUACCCCACCGGUUACUAAGCCAAAGCCACUUUUUCGAGUCCCUGUCGACAAGACCAAGGUCAGAGACAACAAAAUACCCGCUCACGACGAUAGAGUUCCCCUGGACACUCUCACGACAAAAUACAAGCUGGACGGGUACGGUGGAGGUGCCACCGUGGAAAAAAUGUCUGAAAAUGGUCCCACAUCAACGGGCAGUGCUCCUGACAAAUCAAUUCAGAUAGGAGAGGAGGAUAUUUUGUCUGGGCCGAAAAACCAGGUUUCUGCCGCGGAAGCUCUCCGGAGGGAGGAAGCUGAGGCUGCCAAAGUCCAGAGAGAACGAGAAGAGAGGCUCCGACUGCGCAGGGAGAGUUCCGAAGCACGGAGUUUGUUUGAGACAGAGGAACAUGACCAGAAUUCCGAUACCAAGACGUCUGAAAAAUCUGAAAAGUCUGAGACGCCGGUCUCGAAGUCAGAGUCGAGAAGCCUUUUGCGCAAAAAGAGGCGACUCGUAGUUACUGAGGCCAAGUCAAAAAAUCUUGAGAUGGCAUUGUCUGAUGAGUAUGAAGACCCGAUCUUCGCGCUCGCGGAAAAGAAAACGCAACUAAAGGAGACUGCCUCAGAAACACCAGCUUCACCACCGGUAGGUAGUAGGAACGUGGGCGUGGAGCUGGAACAGACAAGAUCCCAAUCGAAAGAUCAACCCGAUUCCACCUCAAAGACGAUGGACCGACAAUACAGACCUCCUAAAGUGCACCGAUCCGAUUCAGACUCUGAUAGCGAUAUCGGGUCGCGUGCAGAGCUCUUCUCUCUUCCUACCAGCACUCCCAAGGCCGCCAAACGCCACAGCUUUGUCCAGGAGCGCCCCAGUCCCACCAAACGCAACUCUUCGCGCUUGCAGCGAAGCAGCGUUCGUUUGGACGAUGAGGUUGACGAUGAUCCCAUGUCAAGAAGCGACCGCAGGUCGAGAAGUGUGCAGGUGUCCGACCUGGAACCUGGUCAAGGAGACUUGGUUGAACUGCAACACCCUGUGACAGGUAGGGUAUCUGUUGAUGCAGACCAAAUGUAUCAACUGACUCUCCCAGGUGGAACUUCUACUACAGUUCCAACUGAAGCACCUAAAAGAAAGCGUGGAAGACCUAGAAAAGAUGUCUAUACCAUGGACGAUGAUGCCCUUUUCCCACCUUCUGUAGGUUCUUCCAGAACCUCUGCUACCGACUCCAGACCUGCCAAGAAGAAAACUCAAGUCUCCAUGUCUAGUGCAAAUGAAAGACGCAGCUCCAUUAUGACGUCUACGCCGCACCCAGACACAUCCAUGUCGUCAAACUACCUGCCUCAGUACCUGGAAAGUAUGCAGCAGUUUCUUAGGUCUGUGGAACGGCUAUACAUUCUAGCUGAUGGAGAUACUGCCAUGCGACGAGCUCUUGCUCAGCUGGUGCAAGCAACCACCGAGAAGAUUGAGAGGUCAGUUGAUGAUGGAAAGUUACCAUAG